AUGGGCCCCAUCCGGCUCCUGCUGAGCACCCGGGAGCUGGGAUUUGGGAGCAGCAGGAGGGACGUGAUCCGGUGGCUGAAAAAGGUGAUUUUGUUUAUUGUUGCUUCUGGAGAGUUCCUCUCUGGUUUGGACAGUAAAUCCGCUGCCUUCGCAGAGGGUUUCUCCGUCCAAGAGCUGCAGCACAAGGAAAGAAUUAGCGUCUUGCCUUGGGUCCGGAUGCGGAGCUGUUGCUACUUCACACUGCUGCUGGCGGUUUUGAAAAUGGUGACCUUCACCAAGCGCAAGUUCGGCUUGAUGAAGAAAGCCUACGAGCUGAGCGUCCUGUGCGACUGCGAGAUCGCCCUCAUCAUCUUCAACCACUCCAACAAGCUGUUCCAGUAUGCCAGCACCGACAUGGACAAGGUGCUGCUCAAGUACACCGAGUACAAUGAGCCCCACGAGAGCCGGACCAACGCGGACAUCAUCGAGCUGCCGCAGAGGCCGGCCAGCGCAGGGGCGAUGCUGGGGGGAGAACUGAACAGCACGAACGGAGCCUGCCCCAGCCCCGUGG